AUGAUUCCCUUCCAACAACUGGAUUCAUAUUUCCAGUCCAAGGAUGGGUUCACGCAUUAUAUGAGUCCCAGAGGUGAAGAGCUUAUGAAAAUUAUUUACGGAGCUCCAAACGAUAUCUCUGUAGAAGAAGAACCCGUUCAACCACCUUCGCCAAACACAUCAAUCAAAAGGGCAGCCAAGUAUGUUUUGCAUGAGAAAGCUAAAAAAUUUGUUCCACAAAUGGAUUCAGCAAAAACAGUUGAUCAAGUUUAUGCUCAUAUUGUUACACCAAUGAUGGAAGAAAGAAAUGAGAGAGCUUUUCAACAAUCUAAAGAAAAAUCUGUACCAUUGACAAUAGAACCAUAUCAACAAUAUUGGUUUACAAGUGAAUCUGUUCAAGAUGUUCGUAAAGAAAUCAGAAAUAUACAAUUAAAAGAUAAAGCACCUCUAAUUCAUAUGGAAGAAAAGUUUAAUGACGCAAUAAUGAAUGUAAUUUGUGUUAUGAAACACGAAAAAAUGAUUGAUUGUCAAAAAACACAGAAAAAACUUCGAGAAAGAAUGAAAUAUUUUGUUCAUGAAGUUAGAAAAUGCAGAGUAGACUUAUUCAAUCAAAUGCUUACCGAAAAAAUCAUUACAUAUGAAGAUUUAAACAACGUACAAAAGAAAGAAUUCAUUGCAUGGAAGCCACCUGAAAAGAAAGAAAAUGAGAAUGCUAAAAUUCAAAUGAAAACCGAAGAAAUACGUCAUGAGGUCGAUGCAAAGCUAAUUCAACAAAUUAAUGCAAGUGUUGAACAAUUUCCGCCAUCAUAUAGAUUCAGUUAUGAACAAAAUCAAUUAAUGACAAAAGAAUUACUCGAAACUUUACCUCAAAGAUUAAAAACUGCGAGUGAAACGAUGAGAUCUGAAUUAUUAGGUGGAAGAGUUGCCAAAACACCUUCAGUACUAUCAACAGGAGCAAUAGCAACUGUAUCCUCUAACAAAACCCAUAAGAUUCGUAUCAUGUCCUCUCAAUUACCAACAAGAAAACAAAAAUUACCGGAAGAGACCAAAAGAGUUUCAUUUAAACCGCAGGAUAUAUAUCAGGAAUACUGGAAUUCAUCAGAUCCACUGGCAGAAUUAAGAAUGGGGCCUCAAAUUAAUCCAAGAAAAUAUUUUACAGAGGUGACCUCUUCUUUAGUUGAUCCUGUUGCAGCUUCUGAAGUAACAGAAGCAAAACUGCCGGAAGCAUUAACCAAAAUUCCUGAUGCAACAGAAACAUAUGUUAUUGAGAGCAAAGUUGAGGAAAAAGAAAAGGAAAUACCUCAGUUUAAUACUACCGAACAGAAGAAUAAUGAGGAGGUAAGGGAGGUAGACCCUGGAAUUAAAGCCGUGAUAAUCGGAGUUGAAAAAUCGGGUCCAAAAACUCAUAAUGAUAUGAAUUUCUUGCUUAAUCAGACUGUCGAAAUAACAAAUACUAAGCAAGGAGAGAAAAUGUUCGAUAGAUUAAACGCUAUUUGGACAAAACUUGGUUUUACUAUGGGACAGAAGCUAGAAAUGGCUGCAAAAUAUUCCCAGAAUGUUGAUGAAAGCCAAAAGCUUUCAGAUGCUGUAACUUAUUGGGAAAAUGCAGAAGAUAUCAUAUCAAGAUAUCAAAAUACUUAUAGAAGCCUCAAAGAUUUCCUCAAGUUCGAAAUUGUGCCUCCUAUCAAUGCAAGACAUCCAACUUUGAAGACAUUAAGUGAUGAAUUGAAAAUGAUCGAAGGAACAAUCAUUACAUUUGCAAACCAAAUGAAAGAAAUGUAUGGCGAUGAUCUUAUCUUGAAUCGAAGAAAAAUAGUCGAUGUUAUUCCGUAUAGAGAAGAAAAAUUAAAGUAUUUAAUCAAAUCUGUUGUAGAAUAA